AUGCCUUUUGCAGUCGAAGGGGGCAACAUGCUUGGCAAUUCUUCGCCCGCAUCUUUUACGACUAUUAAGGAUUCAGAAACUAUUCCGCCACUCGAGAUUGGUGAACCUGUUCUGAAUUCGCAGGCUUCUCACGCAGACGCACUUAUCACUGUGACACCACCUUUGAGCUCUUUCCACUAUCAUCUAGGAAAGCCUUGGAGGCUUCCGUACUAUGAGCAAGCAAUACACCAAGUGUCCAGAACGUUCAUAUACUCUUUUACAUGGGAGGAUCCGGAGGUGGAUAUGAAGUAUCUCGAUCUUGGUCCCGAGGACUCGAUGCUGGUGAUCACAUCAGCAGGUGGCAAUGCUUUGCAUUACGCUAUAGCAGCGCACGCCAAGAGAAUUCAUUGUGUGGAUAUGAAUCCUUGUCAAGGUCAUUUACUAGAGUUGAAACUGGCAGCCGUACAAACCCUCGAGUACGAAGACUUCUUUUCCAUGUUCGGUAAUGGACAUCAUCCCAAAUUCCAUGCGCUCCUUGACUCCAAGAUCGCUCCCCUUCUCUCUUCCAUCGCCUAUCAAUUUUGGCACAUCAACGAUGAUGCUUUCUUCAAAGCCUUCUAUUUGAAAGGAUACAGCGGCUGGGCACUACGGCUCGCCAGAAUCGUCUUUUCAAUCGCCGGAGUAUCGAAAGAUGUUGAAGCUUUGUGCAAUGCGGGCAGUAUAGCUCAGCAAAAGCAGAUCUGGCGCGAAAAGCCAAGACCCGCCCUCUUGAAUUCCAUCGUCAUCGCCUUGCUCAAGAGCCCGAUAUUCUGCUGGAACGCACUGGGAGUGCCCCUCAACCAGCGCCGCAUGGUCUCGGACGAAGGGUCCAUGUAUGAGUUUAUAAGAGAUGCCCUAAACCCUUCACCAUCAACGUAUUCCUUCAAGGAUGGCGCAUACUUCUACCCAUUGGACGUUAUCGGACACUUCUUGGGCACUACACGCCAUCCUCCUGCCCAGAAUAUCUGA